AUGCUGCAUCGCGUGGUCACGCAGGUGGCCGCCAGGCCAUUCCAUGGCGGAGCACUGCUUGACGUCCUUUGGAAGGCAGCCUCGCAUCACAUGGGUGCCGGAGACCUCUACCGGUGCCUCUGGUCCGCGGUCUGCAGCGUCGGCAACGUGCUUGCGAACCAGCUGGUCGCAUGGAUGGUCUACGGUCGAAUCGCUGAUCCGGACGGCGAGUUCUUCGUGCGGCGCGUGGGGGAAAGGCGCCCAUGGCAACCCGGUGCAGCCCUGUGUGGUCGCGCUGAGGAUUUGUCGCAGCCCAUGACAGCUCUGGCGGCACAGCGCGAGUGGCAAAGUCUGUUCGUGCUGAGACCGGAAGCGAUACCAAAGAAUAUCGUGACCAUGGAGACCGCCAAGCGAGUUCUCUUUGCUGGCAAAGCGGUCCGUGUCCUGAUGCGCGGGAACCGCUGGCUCAGGCGGACGGAUGAUAGCUGGGAGAGCUCCCUGCAAGGAAAUCUGGAUCCGGCCACGCUGCAAAACGAGGUCGACUUCUUGCGCAGCUGUUUCAUGGCGAAGAGCCCAGCUCUUGUGGUGGAGCAGAGUGUGGAGCGCAUCCGCAACGGCGUGGCCAUCCAGCUGCGCAACCUCAUCGUGGACGAGGCGGAGCUGUGCCAACACUUGGCGGCCAUGAAAGGCUUCUACCUGUUGGGUUAUGGAGCCUUCUACCAGACCUUCCUGGACUCUGCCAGGAAGCUCCUGCAGGGGCGCCCGCCCUGGAAUGCUGAGCGCGAGCUUCAAGCAGGGCCCUGGGCUGCGGCGAUGUCCGAACACGAAGGCGCCGAAGGCCCCGGCCAAG